AUGGCCUCUCAAAACACAUUUUCUGAUUUUAAACUAGCUACCGAUCUCCCAGCGUGGUCUAAACUUCAAAAGAUUUAUGACACCAAGGGGAAGAAGUUGAACGUCAAGGAAGAGUUCGCUCAUGAUCCAAAGCGUUUCGACAAGUUGUCCAAGACUUUCACUAACUUCGACAACUCUAAGAUUCUUUUUGACUUUUCCAAGAACUUGGUCGAUGAUGAAAUCUUGACUGCUUUGUACGAAUUGGCCGAAGAAGCUAAGGUCAGCGCUUUGAGAGAUGCGAUGUUCGCUGGUGAGCACAUUAACUUCACUGAGGACCGUGCCGUGUACCAUGUUGCUUUGAGAAACAGAGCCAACAAGCCAAUGUACGUCGACGGUGUUAAUGUCGCUCCUGAAGUUGAUGCUGUCUUGCAACACAUGAAAGUCUUCUCUGAGCAAGUUCGUUCCGGUGAAUGGAAGGGUUACACGGGCAAGAAGAUCACCGACGUUGUUAACAUUGGUAUCGGUGGUUCUGAUUUGGGUCCAGUGAUGGUCACUGAAGCUUUGAAGCACUACGCCGGUGAUUUGAAGGUCCACUUUGUUUCCAACAUCGACGGUACCCACAUUGCCGAGACUUUGAAGGUCUGUGACCCAGAAACUACUUUGUUUUUGAUUGCUUCUAAGACUUUCACUACUGCUGAAACCAUCACUAACGCCACCAGUGCCAAGAACUGGUUCUUGUCCAAGACUGGCUACGUUAGCGAAAACAUUGCUAAGCACUUUGUCGCUUUGUCUACUAACGCCGAGGAGGUUUCCAAGUUCGGUAUUGACACCAACAACAUGUUUGGUUUCGAGAGCUGGGUUGGUGGCCGUUACUCUGUGUGGUCUGCUAUCGGUUUGUCAGUUGCCUUGUACAUCGGUUAUGACAACUUCGAGGCUUUCUUGAAGGGUGCUGAAGCUGUCGACAAGCACUUCGUUGAAUCCCCAUUGGAAGACAACAUUCCAUUGUUGGGUGGUCUACUAUCUGUUUGGUACAACAACUUCCACGGUGCUCAAACUCACUUGGUUGCUCCAUUUGACCAAUACUUGCACAGAUUCCCAGCCUACUUGCAACAACUAUCAAUGGAAUCUAACGGUAAGAGCGUCACAAGAGGCAAUGUCUUCAGCACUUACUCUACUGGUUCCAUUUUGUUCGGUGAGCCAGCCACCAAUGCUCAACACUCUUUCUUCCAAUUGGUCCACCAAGGAACCAAGUUGAUCCCAUCUGACUUCAUUUUGGCUGCCAAGUCUCAUAACCCUAUUGAGAACAACUUGCAUCAAAAGAUGUUGGCUUCUAACUUCUUUGCCCAAGCUGAAGCUUUGAUGGUUGGUAAGGAUGAGGAGAAGGUAAAGAGCGAGGGUGCCACUGGUGGUUUGGUCCCACACAAGGUUUUCUCUGGUAACAGACCAACUACAUCCAUCUUGGCUCAAAAGAUCACCCCAGCUAACUUGGGUGCUUUGAUUGCCUACUACGAAUAUGUUACUUUCGUUGAGGGUGCCAUCUGGAACAUCAACUCUUUUGACCAAUGGGGUGUUGAAUUGGGUAAGGUUUUGGCCAAGGUUAUCGGUAAGGAAUUGGACGAUUCUGAUAACACCGAAUCUCACGAUGCUUCCACCAACGCUCUUAUCAACCAAUUCAAGAACUGGAUGUAA